AAACAUAGCCAUGGCGGACAAAGCCGGGCCUUCGACGAGCAACCAAGUGGGCGAGCAGGGUUGUGAGCAAGGGCACGAACGUCUGCCGCCGGGUGUGCUUGCCCUUGCGCCGCAGGGCGAGGCCAUGCCUUCGCCGCUCGAUGUCACGUUUCCGCUGGCGGUCCGCUCGAAGCACGAGCCGUCCACCUGCUCUACUUUGGAAGGAUCUGUUUUCUCUGCUCGCGGCAACGACGGCGCUCGCGGCAACGAUGGUGGCGACGGCAAUUCUGGGAGCCCAGGAAGUGAUGGCGGGUACCCUGCGGGGGUCGGCGGAAAUGGAAGGCCAGGCGGCAAUGGCGGAGACGCCGGCGAUGCUGGCCACGGCGGCGACGGCGGACGUCUCGAGGUGCGCGUCUCUGGCGAGCCGGGUGCCUUGGUGCUAGCUGGCGUGGCAGAUGCCCCGAUCUCGCUCCCUCCUGGAGCUAUUGCCGUGCUCGAUGCUCGCGGCGGCGACGGCGGCGACGGCGGUGCUGGCGGCGACGGCGGUGAUGGCGGCGCCGGUGGCACUGGUGGCGCCGGCGAGCCUGGCCGCGCCGGGCAGGCGGCCACGGAGUACGGCAAGAGAGGUAGUGAUGGCACAAGCGGCAAGGACGGUGGAUGGGGCGGCAAUGGGGCGGGUGGCGGCGACGGCGGCAAUGGCGGCGCGGGCGGCAACGGCGGCAACGGCGGCUCCAUCGUGGUCACUGUGGCAGAGAGCGAUAUGCAUCUUCUGGCUUUGCUCGACACCCGGGUCGACGGCGGCGCCGGCGGAGACGCCGGGCGGGCCGGCCGAGCAGGCGCAGGUGGAGCGGCGGGCGCAGGUGGAGCCGGCGGAGCUGGCGGAGCUGGCGGCGCUGCCGUCCCCAACCCAAACACUAGCUCGCGGCCGUGCCCGAUUGGAUGCGCUGGCAACACCGGCGCUGUCUGUCCGUACUGCCACACCACGUUCUGCAAGUCGUGCGGCGCGUAUCCGGGCGGCAAGAUGUCGGCCGGUAACCGGUGUGGCCAGUGCUCGCGCGGGGUCUUUGACGGACCGGGCUCGGACGGCCGAGACGGCUCCAACGGGAGCACCGGACCAAGUGGACGCUCGGGGAACUCGGGCUCGAGCGGCCGCGCCGGCUCGCCGGCCGGCACUCGCGGCCGUGAUGGCGAGCAGCGAUUCCGCGUCGUCGCCGACGACGAUCCAACCCGCGUGGUCUCCGAGUCGCUUGCCUCGUACGCGCUUGUCAUCGACGAGAUGACCAUCGCCCCGCUCGCACCGUCUGGCCUGUUUGAGCCAGGCUCGGCCGUGGCCAUCUCCGGCAUUACCGUUGAAAACGUGGGCGGCCUGCCGUCGCCGGCCCAGCAUGUCUCCGUCGCUCCGUUCCUCCCCGAUGAGUCUCCCCUGGCGGUCGCCAGCGGCUCGCAUUCGUCGCUUCCGGUCGGCCGGCUAGCCAUUGGUGGACGGGCUGUGCUCGAGGGCUCGAUCACGAUUGUGCUACCGGCCAACAGCCAGGAGCUGAGCGCGCUGCCGCCUCUCCGCCACCUGGUCCUUGGCAUCCGUGUCCUUGUCGCUGGUGUGCCGACCGGUGCCUGUGUCCGCACCAUCCCGCUCUUCUUCCCGGUUGUUCUAGCCGAGAUCCGCGGCCCACCAGGCGUCCGGCCGGGCGAGCAAGUCGUAGUCACCGCAGAUGUAGCGGUGCUGGGCCAGCGCAGCGUGGCUCUUGGCCAGGACUACGAGCUCCAGCUCCGCGCCCCGGACGGGUGGCUCACCACCGAGUGGGCGCCUGUUGAGGGGAGCUCGAGCUUCACCGCGUCGAUGGCCGUCCCGUCCGACUCGGAGCUUUUCUCCGAAGGUCAUUGGGCCAUCUCGCUCUGCUACGCAGGGAGCGCGGUGCAGAAGGUUGAGCUCUACACCCGUGUGGCGCCGGUCUACAGCGUUGAUGAAUCGCCGAAGGACGCGCUGUUUGUGACAGCGCCGGGCGUGACCAAAGAGAGCAUUCGCCUCUGGGCCUCCAUCUUUGGUCUCCUCGGUAUUUCAUACGACUUUUGGGACAUUGCAAGCGAGGGCGGAUCGCUCGAGCUUGGCGCCGACGACGAGCCUGCCGCCUGGAUCGGGCGCUACCCAAAGGGCUGCGUCGUUUUUCCUCUGGCGAGGGUGGACGAUCUCAAGUACGUGACCCCAGCGGUCAUUCAGAGCCAUUGCGAUCCCGAGAUGGCGAGCCGGCUUGAGGCCGAGGCCCAGGCCGCCACCGCCGGUGACGACCGCGAGGACAUUGCUGCUCGCCACAAGGCAGUCCACGAGCGGUUCCCGGUUGCGCUUCACCCCGAGCAGAUGACGCCCGACAACGCAACCAAGCGUUGUCAGGUGUGCAAAUCCAAGGAGCUUGGCAUGUUCCGCCGCCAUCACUGCCGGAUGUGCGGCAAGCUGGUGUGCGGCUCGUGCUCGCCGCACAAGGUCAUGAUGAAUCACCCCGGCACCACCAAGGUGAGCAAGACCCGUGUCUGCGAUCCGUGCUUCCAGUCCAUGCACUCUCGUCGCAAGGUCGGUGAGGCAAACUCGGGCAUGUUGCUCGUCGGCGCUCCCUCGGCAAACCUCUCUGACGUUCUCUUCUCUGACGCCGAAGUCAUCACCCUCAAGGGCCAGGCCUUUGCCAACCACCACCUGCCGGGAGCAGAGCCGAACGCGUACAACAUCUUCCGCCGUGCCCACGACCUAGCCGCCGAGCACCAGCGCGACGAUCAGUUCCAUCGCGUUCGCGUCGCCGAAGUGCGAGAGGACAUCCGCAAGCUCAAGUCCCGCAAGUGGAUGUACGGCGAGCUGGACAUCGAGAUCUGCCGCUUUGCCACGAACAUCCGACUCGUCAACAUCACUGCGCUGCUGGGAGAUGUGGACCCGGACGCGCUUCCAGGGGCGGCCGACGCCGAGGGCGCCGAUGGUGAGGCCCCGGCCCCAGCCCCGGUCCCAGCAACUGCUUCAGAAAGCGCUCCGGAUAUCACCGUCGGCGCCGACGGCGCGACCAUUCUCCGGCACCCGUCACGGACCUUGCAGGGCGUAGCAGGCAUUUUGGCCACCAUCUCGUUCAAUCGCAAGCUCCAGAUGCUGAAAGAUGCCUGCUGCGGCAACGGCGCCACACCACUCCUUCAGAUCUCGAUGGUGGGCAAGAAGGGCGAGCUCAUUUCUGCGAGCUUUGUGAACCUGAUCGCGGCUGCGGUGUACUACGAUCUCAAGAACGAGUACAGGUCGUGCAUCUUCAACGUGCCGCGGCUCUCCCAUCUUGUGGCCGAGGCCAAGGCCGACAAAGCCCGAUACUCGGCGCCGGAGCUCGGCAUCCCGGUCUAUGUCAUUCUUCUCCGGCUCCGCAAGUCAUCGCGCGAGCUGGGGAAGCGCCACAAGUCGCCUGCUCGACCUUCCAACAACAAGCCGUUUGUCAAGCAGUGCAAGGCGCUGGUCUCUGGCCCGACUGCGCUCAAGAUGCGGGUCCUCCUCGGCGAUGCAGCGCACCACCCAGCGGCGGCGCCAUCCGAGGCCGAGGCCGAGGCUGUCUUUGCUGCCAAGAUGGAGAUCCUCAAGAAGAACAAGAGCGACAUGAAGGUCAAGCUGCUCUCCUCCAAGUUUGGGCGCAAGUUCCUCUCGCGCUUCAUGCGAGGCGAUGCGGAGGACCCGGCCGAGGCACGGAUGCGGAUGCUGUUUGACAAGCCGCGCCCUGCCGGCCUGGGCGUGGGAGCCAAGGCCAAGCCGAAUGCUUUCCACAAGGAGGAGGUGACAGUGGAGGAUGCUCAGUCGCGCGCCAAGGCCCGCCGCCUCGACAACCUGCUCAAGCAGCGCCACACCAAGGCCACGCGCGGCUCAAAGGCCUUUGAGGUCUUCCACGACAAGGAUCCCGGCUUUGGUGAGGGCGCACGCGGCGGGCUCGAGCCCAAUGCUGCCGAGGGUACAGACGCUGAGCCUGCCUCUGAUGAAAGCGACGACGAUAGCGACGAUGAUGGUUUGCGCAAGGGCGGCUCGUCGUCGGCAAAGGCUAGGCCGGGCCGGGCCAAGCCUGCCCGGUCCCGCUCGCGAUCCUCGUUACGAGACGUUGUCGGCGAGCUGGCCCGCGCCGAGCAGGCCAAGAAGACCAAGCAGGCCGCCGCUGCGCGUAAGCGCGCCCGCCGCAAGGCUCGCGAGGCCAAGCGCCGUGCAGAGGCCAAGAGCUAG